CAUGAUAAAAAAGAAAAAGCAAGGCCGAUACAAGAAUGUGCCCUAUACAUUUGGUCGACAUUUUAGAAAUUGGAUUGAAACCGAAGUAGGAUCCAUACAAUGUCCAGUGGUUUAAAAAUUCAUUUCUAAACGUAAAUCAAAUCCUAGGUAUCAUGACAGUUUUAAAGAUUUUAAUGAUCUAUUCCAAAACUCAGGUAUAGGUAGAUAACUAGGUUAACUUUUCUUUGGGUAAAAGAAAUGGGUUUAAUAUCUCUUAAGUAAUGAAAGAGUUGAUGGAUUUCAAAUUUAUUUUGAAGUAGAAAGAUCUUACUAUGAAGCUGCAAUAUAAGGAACCAAAAUCACUGAAUAAAAGGUGAGAAAUAUUUGAC